ACGUAGUGUCUGCUACCUAUCUCUCUCUCCGACACAACCCCACAUCACUUAGCAUUAUCACCAGACCCCUCAACCACUAGCAAGCAUCAACCACGAGACAUUAUCACACAAUUAGACUGUCACAGACCCAACACAUAUGUGCCUCGGGCAGUACAGGAAAGCGUCCUUUGACGUAAAAAUAACUCUCCAGUGAUCGAAUCGGACCAUCACUCAGCAAGAAAUUCACACAAUGACCUCACCAACUCGGAACCCAUCCACCCUCCGCGCCAAACUCCACACCCAAGGGUUCGUCAUCUUUCCCUCCCUCCUAAGCUCCUCAGAACUUUCCCUCCUCCGCGCAGCCGCCUCCCGCACCACAACUCUAGCCCGCUCCGGCGCCUGGCCUCAUAUCCGCACAGUGGGCAAGCAAUUUCCCCCCUGGCCAGCCACCCCAGGGCCUUCAGGUAUCUGGGGUGUGCAGGGACUCCUGAACCCCGCCUUACCCGACCACGCCGUCUUCGCGGCCAACUACUUCAGCGAUUCCAUUCUGGACAUCGCCAAAGCCUUGAUGGACUGCGGGGAUGAGGACUUAGUCAUGGAGUUAUUCAACAUGUUGGUCCGUCCGGAGACCGACUUCGAGCUCCGCUGGCAUCGGGAUGAUAUACCCGCCAUAGCUUCAGUCGAGGAGGAGAUGGCGCGGUUGGCCGAGCCCGAGUGGCACACGCAAUGGAAUCUAGCGCUGUACGAGGACUCGAGUUUGAUUGUCGUUCCCGGGUCUCACGCGCGAACGCGGACGGAGGCCGAGAGGAGAGCGGGCCCUUUUGAGCGGGGACUGCCGGGGGAGAUGGUUGUUAAGUUAGAGGCUGGGGAUGUGGUUUUUUAUAAUAACAAUAUCUUGCAUCGCGGGAUGUACGAUUCGGGGAAGGAAAGGAUGAGUUUGCACGGGAGUGUUGGGCAUGUUGGGGGGAGUCGGUUGAGGGCAAGGAAUGUGUUGCAGCAUGGGAUUGGGGGGUGGGUGGAUAAGUGUGACUUUAGCUCGUUGGGGGAGAAAGAGAGGGAUCGGGCGGAAGGGAUGAGGGAUAGGUUGGUUAAGCUGGGGAGAGAGAGUGGUGACGUUGAAUACUCAUUGCAGGGCUGAAGGACAUGGUUGGUGACCGUGUGUGAAAUUGGCAAAUACAUAAUAUUAUAUGUACUUAAGAAAUGAAUCCCCUCAUCUCCAUACCGCUCGCUAUCCAUAUGCGAUGUCACUCAAUGUAUGCACUUGGAACGGAUAUUCUCACAUCUCCAGGCCGCUUUCAAAUCCAGUGCCAGCCGAUAUGUACAAAUACAGUGG